GGGGUGUGUGUGUGUGUGUGUGUGUCAGUAUAAUGGAUGUAAAUGUUAAAUAUUGGCUUUUCGUAAGUAAUCCUGAGGUAAAUAAUGUCUGAAAUGUUAACACUUUACACUCUGUAGAGUCUCACAGCGCGCGAUUCAGAGUACAGAGAUCACACUUUCCCACAGUAAUUAAAAAUAAAUUUCACUGCAACGAUAAUAUUAAUGCAGUAAAUGUAACAUAAAGUAGUAGAUAAAAAGCAGGAACUAGUUUGUGUUGCGGAAGAACAUCGUGUAGCCGUGUUGGUGGGCGGUGCUUCCACAGCAGCUCCCGGAUGAACUGCCUAGGAGGCGUCAUUACGUCACACGUCGGUGGGCGGAGUCUUCCUCCCUGUUGCGUUUAAGAGUGUGUGUAAAGAGCUUGUGCAGGUCAAUUCAUUCCGGGAGUGUGUUAGUGUGUGUGAGAAUCAGAGACAUGUCUAAAGACACAGAGGCGAAGGGAGAGGAGAUCAUGGAGUCCAAAGUGCUGUGGUACCCGGACUCCAAGAGGAACACGCACAUGGACCGGUUCAGGGCUCAGGUGAACCGGGACUACGGGCUUAAUCUGGAGAAUUAUAACCAGCUGCACCAGUGGUCCGUGGAGAACUACGCAGAUUUCUGGGCCAAAGUUUGGAGGUUCUGCAGCAUCGCCAGCUCAGAGAUGUUCAAGGAGGUGGUGGACGUGUCCAAGAGGAUCUCUGAUGUUCCUGAGUGGUUUAGAGGCAGCAGGUUGAACUAUGCUGAGAACCUCCUCAAACACUCAGAUCAGGAGAAGGUGGCACUGUAUGCUGCAGCUGAAGGAAGAGAAGAGAUCGUGAAGGUGACGUUUGGAGAACUGAGGCGUGAAGUCGCUCGCUUCGCCGCCUCCAUGAGGAAGAUGGGCAUUAAAGCAGGAGACCGAGUCGUAGGGUAUCUACCUAACGGUGUUCAUGCAGUAGAGGCGAUGUUAGCUGCAGCGAGUAUUGGAGCCAUUUGGAGUUCCACAUCUCCAGACUUUGGAGUUAACGGGGUGUUAGACAGGUUCUCUCAGAUCCAGCCCAAGUUGAUCUUCUCAGUAGCUGCGGUGGUGUAUAACGGCAAACAGCACGAUCACAUGGACAAGCUACAGAGAGUUGUUAAAGGUCUUCCUGAUCUGAAGCAGGUUGUUGUCAUUCCUUACGUUCGCUCCAAAGCAGAGACAGACCUGUCCAAGAUCCCUAAUAGUGUGUUCCUGGAUGAGUUUCUCGACACGGGGAUGGAGGGAGAUCAGGAUCCUCAGUUGGAGUUCGAGCAGCUUCCUUUUUCUCAUCCUCUGUUAAUCAUGUACUCCUCCGGGACCACGGGGGCGCCCAAGUGCAUGGUGCACUCUGCAGGGGGCACUCUCAUUCAGCACCUUAAGGAACACGUUCUCCAUGGCAACAUGACGAGCAGUGAUGUCAUCAUCUACUACACUACAACGGGAUGGAUGAUGUGGAACUGGUUGGUGACGUCGCUGGCUGUGGGAGCGUCGGUGGUUCUGUAUGACGGUUCUCCUCUGGUUCCGACGGCUGAUGUUCUGUGGAACCUGGUGGACAAGCUUGGUAUCACUAUAUUCGGCACGGGGGCCAAGUGGCUGUCUGUCCUGGAGGAGAGGAACCUGAGACCAGCGGACACACACAGUCUGCAGAGUUUACACACCAUCCUGUCGACCGGAUCGCCCUUAAAGCCACAGAGUUACGACUACGUGUACCGCUGCAUCAAACACAACGUCCUGCUCGGCUCCAUCUCAGGUGGGACAGACAUCGUCUCGUGCUUCAUGGGUCAGAACCCGACUGUUCCUGUGUACAGAGGAGAGAUCCAGGCGAGGAACCUGGGCAUGGCUGUGGAGGCCUGGAGUCCUGAAGGUAAAGCGGUGUGGGGGGAGAGCGGUGAGUUGGUGUGUCUGAAGCCGAUCCCGUGUCAGCCCACUCACUUCUGGAACGACGAUAACGGCAACAAAUACCGCAAAGCUUAUUUUUCCACUUUCCCAGGAGUCUGGGCUCAUGGUGAUUACUGCAAGAUCAACCCAAAGACAGGAGGAAUCGUGAUGCUGGGGAGAAGUGACGGGACGCUGAACCCUAACGGCGUUCGCUUCGGGAGCUCUGAGAUCUACAACAUCGUGGAGGCAUUUGAUGAGGUGUGUGACAGCUUGUGUGUCCCUCAGUAUAACACUGAUGGAGAGGAGCGAGUCAUUCUCUUCCUUAAACUGGUGCAGGAUCACGUGUUCAGCGCCGAGCUGGUGGCGAAGAUACGCAGCGCGAUUCGUACGGCGCUGUCGGCUCGACACGUCCCCGCCGUCAUCCUGCAGACUAAAGACAUCCCGUACACCCUCAGUGGGAAGAAGGUGGAGGUGGCGGUGAAGCAGGUGAUUGCAGGUAAGGAGGUGAGUCAGCGUGGUGCAUUCUCCAACCCCGCGUCUCUGGACCUCUACAGGAACAUCCCCGAGCUGCAGAACUUCUAACCUGCUGGAGCUCCAACACCUGCUGUGGCCCUGAAACACCUGGUGGAGGAGAGGAACUUUAUUUGAAAUCAUGAUGACCUCCUGAUCUUCUGACCACCUGGUGGACCUUCAGAUCGUCUGUUUAAUCUUCUAAUAGUGCAAGUUUAGGUUCAUCAAUGGUGACCCCUGCCCUGACCUCGCCCCCUGCAGAACCCGCCCCAUGGGUGACAUCAUCAGGGGGUCACAUGACCAUGGUGACCUCAUCAUCGCCAUCGGGGGUCACAUGACUGAGAGUGACCUCAUCAUUACCAUCAGGGGUUCGAUGACCAUGACUGACCUUACUGCCAUCGGGGGGAGGGGGGUUACAUGACCAGGAAUGACCUCAUCAUUGUCAGGGGUCACAUGACCAUGAGUGACUUUCAGAAGCCUAAAACCCAAACCAGUAAAGUUAUAUGAAAUCUGUUUGUUGAAGGUGAAUGAUAACCACGCCCCUUCCCACAACUCCACCCUUUAAUAACCCCACCUCUUCCCCUAACCCCACCCCCAAAUGUAAUACUUAAGUGUAACACUACAGUCAGAGCUGCAGGAAUUCUUACUGUUACUCUUAUUACUAAUUAAUGAGCAAUAUCUACUAUUGUUAUUGUGAUAAGAAAACUAACCACACCCCCUUUUUUACUGUAGCCCCGCCCUUAUUGUUAUUCUGCCCCAAUUGUAGCUCCACCCCUAACUCUUUUAGCUCCUAAAAUAUAAUCUUUAUCUAACAUUAACCCUUAUCAUAACACCCCAAGAAAUACCAAGCCACACCCACCAAGAUUCUCAACACACCCACUAACAAGCCCCCAGCCCCGCCCCCUCGGCUGCUCAGCUCUGUGUUGUAAAUGUAAAUAAUGAAUAUAAAAUUAUUUAACCAGAAAUUCUUAAAGUAUUUUUUAAAAAGAAUCAGUUUCAUGCCUCAGUCCUAACUCAGAGGUUACCCAGAAUGCCCUGGGGCAGGUGUUGUGCUUACUCAUACUCACAUUCCUCACAGUCUUUUAUU